GUUUAAUGUAACACACACAUUUGAUAUUGCAACUUAGAUAAUGGAGAGUUUGACUUUUCUUGAGCUCUCGGCGCUGUUUUGCAAUGUUAUUUUUCAAGUGCAAGCAUCCUGUUCCACUAAUGCCAAAUAUAGGACGUAUGACGGAUCUUGUAACAACCUGGUGUACCCAUCAUGGGGAAAAGCAAAUACGGCACAAAGACGGUUUGAGUAUAACGGUGUUAUCAUGAUUGAUUACGAUGAUGAUAAUAGUCCAAGAGGUGGAUUUCCAAGUUGUUUACCAAGCCCUAGACUGAUAAGCAACAAACUAAUGGCAGAUGAAUUAGGACCUACUGACCAAGCAUCUCCGACACUGUCUGGCCAGCAUUUUGCUUUUGGACAAGCACUUACCCAUGAUCUCAUAAAGACACAAUUAAAGAGAAAUCUGAAAUGCUGUGAAAACAAUGACAUCGAUGUAUGUUUCCCUUUUGAUAUACCUGCUGAUGACAAGGAUUUCACCCCUGGUUGCAGAAGUUUUCAAAGGACUGAAAGAUCCCCGGAUGUAACAGGUUACAGAGAACAGAUAAACGAUGUGACAUCAUAUAUUGAUUGCAGCCAUGUAUAUGGUAGUUCUGAUGCACAGUUAGAAACCCUUAGAGAUACGACAGAUUCAUCACUUUUAAAAACUUCUCCUGGAAAUAAUUUACCUGAGAACGAAAAUGGAUUUUGCGUAAAGAUAGACCCAGUAGCGGAUUUUUGCCAAUUAACUGGAGAUUCACGGACUGACCAGGCACCUAGUCUCCAAUUAAACCAUCUGGUUCUAGUAAGGGAACAUAACAGGAUCGCUAAAUUACUGAAACAAAUCAACUCGGAAUGGGACAAUGAUAGAGUUUUCGAAGAAACACGAAGAAUAGUCAUAGCGGAAAUGCAGCACAUAACAUAUAAUGAGUACAUACCUGCCAUUCUUUCUCCACAAACUAUGAAAAAGUACAAGCUUGAACCAAAGAAAAAGGGUUUCGAUGACUGUUAUAAUGAUUAUAUUGAUGCCUCUGUGAGGAACGCUUUUGCAGUAGCACCAUUUCGAAUGGGACAUUCCCAAGCGAUGAGGGAGCAGUCAUUACUUGAAGAUGAUUACAAAACUAUAACUACUGAACUUCUUGCUGACAACUUUAGGGCUCCACAUCUAAUUCAAACAAAUAUGGGCGAAAAUGUUGAAGAUUUCGUACGAUGGUUAACCUUUAAUCCAGCUAAUAGAAUUGACAGUUUUGGAGUGAAUGCAAUGCGUAACAAACUGUUUGGUGGAGAUACAGAUUUAUUGUCCAUUAACAUACAAAGGGGACGAGAUCAGGGCACACCAAGCUAUAAUGACUGGAGGGAAUUUUGUGGACUGCAAAGAUUGAAAUUUAAAAACUUUAAAGUUCCUAACGAUAUUAAAAAUGUCAUCAAAGAACUAUAUGCUUCUGCUGACGAUGUCGAUCUGUAUGUUGGUGGACUUCUUGAAAAGUCAAAGGACGGACGUGUUGGAGAAACAUUUGCAUGUUUAAUUGGUAAACAAUUUUAUCUGUCAAAAUGCGGAGAUAGAUACUGGUAUGAGAGGAGAGACUCAGAUUUUGGCUUUACAAAAGCCCAGCUUAAUUCAAUCAAAGAGAUGACAAUGUCCAAAGUGCUCUGUGAAAACCUUGAUUUGGAUCGUAUUCAAAAGGAAGCUUUCAUCCGACCCAAAAACAAAAGAAAACUAAAGAAAUGUAAGAAUCUUCCUGACUUAAAUUUAAAUCUGUGGAAAGAAGAUACUGGCGGCCAGCAAACAUAAUAACGAGAUAUCAUGAAAUGUUUGAAAGAUUAUGACAGUUGCACACACCAUUUUGAACAGGCUACCAUUACUCUGCAUCAGUCAAUUCUUUAAUAAAAUGUAAAUAGCAUUGAAAUAAAUCGCAUGGUUAUCAAAAUA